AUGAAAAGCUUAGGGAAGUUGGGACAAUGGUCUUUUCUAGCAGUUGCUUUGGCAAUUUGCUUAAUAGCCAGCACUGUUGUUGCUGAUUACUCUUAUGAGUAUAUUUCACCCUCACCUUCUCACAACUCUAACAAGUACUACAAAUCACCAUCUCCAUCCAAUUAUCAUGUGCCCACUUCUUAUUACAAGAAACCUUAUCCAUCACACUACUACAACAAAUCACCAACACCUUUAAAGCACACUUAUUACAAAUCGCCAUCACCAGCAAAAUAUUACAAGUCACAUGUUCCUUCAAAGCAUUACUACUACAAGUCACCCAUUGUAACCAAGUAUUACAAGUCACAUGUUCCUUCAAAGCACUACUACAAGUCACCAGUUGCAACAAAGUAUUACUACAAGUCCCCAACUCCUUCAAAGCACUACUAUAAGUCACCAGUUGCAACAAAGUAUUACAAGUCUCCUACUCCUUCAAAUCAUUAUUACAAGUCACCCUCUCCUUCAAAGUAUUACUACAAGUCCCCAACUCCAUCAAAGAGUUACUACAAAUCUCCAUCGCCCGCAAAGUAUUACAAGUCGCCAACUCCAUCAACACAUUAUUACUACAAGUCGCCUUCACCAACAAAAUAUUACAAGUCACCAGUUUACUACAAGUCUCCACCACCACCAACUUAUUACGAGAAAUCACCUUCGUACUACAAGUCACCUCCACCUCCACCAAAAUACUAUGAGCAAUCACCUUCUUACUACAACUCACCUCCUCCCCCACCAAAAUACUAUGAACAAUCGCCAUUAUCUUACAAAUCUCCACCACCUCCACCAAAAUACUACGAGCAAUCACCUACUUAUUACAAAUCUCCACCUCCACCAUACUACUCAGAAUCUACACCUUCCUAUAAAUCUCCUCCACCUCCUCCAAAAUCCUAUGAACAAUCACCUUCGACCUACAAUUCACCACCUCCUCCAAAGACCUAUGAACAAUCCCCAUCAUACUAUUCACCACCACCACCACCAUACUACGAGCAAACACCAACCUAUGCCUCACCACCACCACCUGAGAAAUACGAGCAAUCCGUCACCUAUGCUUCACCUCCACCCCCAUCACCAACCUACUAACAUUCAAAUCAUUAUCAUCAAUCAUUUCCCAUCAUCUCCAUGACCUAUUAACUCUCUUUCAUCCUUCAUCGGAAGAUUUUCACUUCCUUUGCC